CUCUUACAGACAAGAAAAGGCUUCAAGAGUGGUUGGUAAAAAUUCGACGAGAGGGAUUUGUUCCAACUAUCUACAGCGUUAUCUGCUCAGAACAUUUUGAACCAUCAUGUUUCUGGCAAAAUCCAAAUAAGAAGCUUUUGAUGCCCUCAGCUAUUCCUACAAUCUUCAAUUUUCCUGGAUCACUUAAGAAGAGGGUGCACACACGGCCGCCUCCAAAAGAAAGAUCUGCUGCUUUGGAUUCUGGGAAUGGUGAUGUAGAAAUGCAGGAGGAAUCUGGACAUUCUACUGUGGAAGCUUCCAUGAAAGAUCUUCUACAUGACCAUUCAUAUGAGAUUAAUAGUGAAGAUAAACUUUCAAAAUGUGAGUAUGUACUCAAUAGGAAGGUGAAAAGUAUUGAAAAAUACAAAGCUAGGUUAGAUAAUAACGCUGCCAAGAUUAAUGUUAGGGAUAGAAAAAUUAAAUCCAUGUCCAACAUGAUAGAAGAGUUAAAGGAGAAGGUACACAUUACCAAAGGACUUGAGAGUGUUCUUGAGAAUAAAUUUGCAGAUAUUUUCAUUGAACUUACCAAUCUAGAAAAAAGUGGAAGAAAUGCUGGAUAUAGUAAACGUUAAGAAAUGCUGGAUAUAGCAACGUUAAAAGGUUUGCUCUCACCAUGUAUUUUUACUCUCCAGCUAGUUAUAAAUUUGUCAGGGACUGUUUUAAUAAUUGUUUACCACAUCCAGCAACCUUGAGAAGGUGGUAUAAUGUGGUAAAUGGCAAUCCAGGCUUCACUGCAGAAGCAUUCGCUCUUAUCAAACAAAUGACUGAUAGUAAAGAUUAUCAGAUUCAUGCAUGCCUCAUGAUGGAUGAGAUGUCCAUAAAAAGAGAUGUGAUUUGGAAUGGAAAGGAGACUCUGGGGUAUGUUGAUAUGGGGCAUAUUUAUUGUGAGGGGAGAGAGAAAGGGCUUGAAGCUAGGGAGGUACUUGUUGUGAUGGUAGUUGCAUUGAAUGCAUCCUGGAAGAUACCAAUAGGGUAUUUUUUGGUGAAUGGCAUCAGCAGCAAGGACAAAUGCACCAUCAUCAACCAGAGUUUGUCAUUGCUGCAUGAUGUCAAUGUAAAUAUUGUAUCUGUAACAUUUGAUGGAUUAUCCAGUAAUGUAAAUAUGGCUCGAGAAUUAGGAUGUAGUUUCGAUGUAAGUAGUUUUAAUUCAUUUUUUCAGCACCCUCUGACAAAACAAAAUGUAUAUAUAAUUUUAGAUGUAUGUCAUGUGUUGAAAUUGGCUCGCAAUGCUCUUGAUGAUAUGGGUGUUUUAAUAGACAAGGAUGGGAACCUGAUAAGAUGGCGUUUUUUCUCUCAAUUAUUAGAUCUGCAAGAAAGUGAGGGUUUGGCACUCGCAAAUAAAUUGAGAAAAAGCACAUUCUAUAUCACCCUCAAAAAAUGAAGGUGAAGUUGGCUGUCCAGCUGUUGAGUGCUUCAGUUGCUAAAGCACUUGAAGUUUUGGAGCAGGAUCUGAAACACCCCCAAUUUGUUGGCUGCUUGGCAACAAGUAAAUUUUGCAGCAUUGUCAAUAGGCUUUUUGACAUAGGGAACUCAAUGCAUCCUAUUGCCAAGAGUUAUAAAAGCGCACUGAAUGAUAACAAUGCUUUGCAUGUAUUCAAAUUUCUGGAAGAGGCUGAAGACUACAUGCUAGGGUUGCAAAGGGAAGAUGGGAAACCAUUGAUUAAAUCUCCCCGAAAAACUGUGAUUGUUGGCUUUUUAUGCC